AUGACUUUUAGCUUACGAUUAAAACGAGAAGCCUCUGUUGGAGGACUAGCUGGCGUAAGUCCCGCUAUAAGAGGUGUUGGAAUGUGGCAGGAUAUGGACCCUGGACCACUGAUUGGAGGAGAAGCUGGCAUAAGUCCCGCUAUAACAGGUGCUAAUGGAAUGCGGUAUGGAAUGGAAAACCCUGGACCAUUGAUUGGAGGAGAAGCUGGCAUAAGUCCAGUAAUCACGGGAAAUGUCGGAAAAAGGUCGCUUGCAGACUGA